AUGUCACAGCCAUGGGAUUAUAUUGCUAAACUUGUUUGCAUCGGGGACUCGGGAACUGGGAAGUCUAGUUUAACGAUCCGACUCUGCGAAGGGCGCUUUUCGUCCUCCCAUGAUGUUACAAUUGGUGUCGAGUUCGGUUCACGGAUUGUUCCGGUGGGCCCGCCGGCUUCAAAGGCCUUGGGAGGCGAGUUCGACGAUUCUAUCCGCAAUCGUGCCCCUUCACUCACAUCUUCGCCCUCAUUGCCCGCUACGACUACAGCCAGCGAAUCAGUCGCUUCUGGACUGCCCAGUCCUCCACGUCGGGUACAGGAGCUCCAGAAAAGAAUGAAGUUGUCGCUAUGGGACACCGCUGGCCAAGAAACGUACAAAUCUAUUACCCGCUCUUAUUUCCGUGGUGCUUCGGGUGCCCUACUGGUCUUCGAUAUCACUAGACCUUCUACAUUUGUAUCGUGCACACAGUGGCUCCAUGAUCUGCGGCAAAUUGCGGAAGAUGGCAUUGUAAUUGUUCUGGUCGGCAACAAGAGCGAUCUUGCCGCUGAUGAGUCGAGAUCGCAUCAGACAGUCACUAGGCAAGAAGCGGAGGAGUGGUGCCGUUUGAAUAACAUCACACGGUAUGUUGAGACAAGCGCGAAAUCCGGAGAGAACGUGGAGCGUGCAUUUCUUGAGGUAGCCGAGAUGAUAUACCGCAACAUCGAAGCUGGCAAAUAUGACCUCCACGACCGUCGAAGUGGUGUGAAGGGCUAUGGUGCUACUGGUGGAUCAAACUCAGGUAUCCCAAACACUGUCACUUUAGGCUUGGAUGAUGCCAUGCGCAAGGGUGGAAGUGGCCUGGCAGGAGGCUGUUGUUGA